UUUUAAUGGUUUUAUGCAAAAAAUAAAAUAAAAAAUAAAAAAAAAGGCCAUAUAUAUGAUAAAAGUGUCAAAAUAGUGCAUAAUUCUUUUAUUUUAUUUUAUUUUUUUAAUCUUUUUUUUUUUGUGUGCUACCAAAAUGUCAACAAGUCAACCAUUGACUACACGUGCAGCUUUACCUCAUAUACCAGAGGGUAUGGCUAUUCCUGAAAUUGAUAUUAAAAAGAAUGAACAUAAAAUGUUGAUGCCUGGUGAAAAUAAAGAAAACCAACAACAGCAACUUGUUCCAGCUUCUAACGAUUCUGCUGGUACACAACAUCGUUCAAAUGUCUCAACUCAAGGUCUUCUUCCUUGGACGUCAGAUCGUCAAACAAAGAUUCAGUUAGAUUCUGAAUCAGGGUCUUCUCCUCCUAUGUUUACUGCAGCUCCUUCUCGUAGACUUAGUAUUCGUUAUCCACGUGAAUCAAAGUCACAGAAACAAAUGUAUCGUAUGGAAAAUGGUAUUGAUCCUGUUGAUUUAUUAACAAAUCGACUUGAAGCAUGGCGACUUGCUAUCAAAAACAUGGUUUCAUUGUUUAAGAAAAUCGUAACGGUGGAAAGUAAGACAGCCAAGGGUCUAGUUGCAUCAAGUAGAGAAAUCAUUUUACCCUUUGAAAAAUCCAAUGGACAAUUUUUGGAAACGGGGAGUGGGGGUAUUCAAGAUGUAUGGGCCUCUAUUCGUGACUAUGCAAUGGAACAUGGUAUUAAGCAUCAUCAAACAGCUGAAUACAUUGAAAAGAGCAUUCUUCCCGCCUUACGCGCUAUUAAAUCAGAUACGCGUACGAUGAUUCAAUCGAUUGAAAAAGAUAAGGGACUUAAAAAUACGUUUAUCUUUGAGAGUCGUGCUCAUGUCGAUCGUCUUAUCAAUCGUCUUGGUAAAGUCAUCGAAUCUUGUCAUCGUCAUCCAUUGAAUGCCGGUCAAAACCCUGACCCCUUUUUAAUCAAUUUAUCUAUCAUUCAUGCUAUUCGAGAACUCUGUGAUCAUGAAAAUGACCUUCAUGCAAAUGUACUCGGUCUACAAAGGGAGACGGCUAUGUUUGAGCAAAAGUUAACUGAAAAUAUGCGUUACGUGGUUCAAAAGUACAAGGACUUUAGACUGAAACAUCAAAUGGAACAGGAGGAAAUCAUUGGUCAUGUUGUAGAGAGCUUCCAUGAAUUAAAACCUAAUAUGGAAUGGAACGAAUUUGUACGUCGAAACCAAUAUAACUUGAUCUUUGAAAAUUCGGCUUUCAAAACGGAGAAUAUGAUCGAAUAUGCGAAUCAAGAUAGCAAGUAUUGUCGGGCAUUAAAAAUUGGUUCAUUGCAGUUAAGAAAUCAAAUGAAAGGAUGGAUAGAAGGUGUAUACAUCUUGACGCCAGCUGGCUAUUUGCAUGGUUAUAAAACGCCUGAACACUUUCAAAAUAACCCUUUGAAACCUUCUUAUUCUAUCUUUGUACCUCAUUAUCAUAUUCAUGACCAUUCAGAUGGUACAUUUGAAUUGAGUCUCGCUGAGAAGCGUAAUCCAAUUAGCAUGAGCAAUCACUAUGAAUUUUGUUGUGAUCAUCCUCAAGAGGCACAUGAUUGGGUAAGAAAAUGUCAUGGUAUCCAUGAUGGAUUUAGAGUUGUACCCCUUAUGGAGUCCUCUUCUACUACUACGUCUAAUCAACAACAACAACAACAACAACAACAACGACCUCGUAGUCAAGAUUUACCUAUUUUACCUGACCGAGUCUUACCUAUCGAGGAUAAAUCUUCAGGAGGAGUUACUGCUGCUGCUGCUGCUAUUGAAGAUAAACCUUUACCAAAGCCUUUGCCUCAGCUUAUACAGGAUGAUCCUCAUAUGUUCCCUGAUAUCAAUUCAAAUGCUCCUAACGAUGAUGAUAGUACUACACCUACACCUAAUUAUAAACAACGUCAUUCGACAGAUGAUCCUACUACACCUGAUGAUACACCUCCCAUGAUCUCGCAUAAACCCCAUUCUACAGAUCCAACCACGACUCAUGAUGAAUCUUAUGAUAAAGAAUGGAUCCCUCAGCAACAGCAACAGCAACAGCAACAGCAACAGCAACAGCAACAGCAACAGCAACAGCAACAGCAACAGCAACAGCAACAGCAACAGCAACAGCAACAGCAUCAGCAUCAGCAACAGCAACAGCAUCAGCAACAGCAUCAGCAACACCAAGCCCCUUUAAAUAAUGCUGCUAAUACGGAUCAAGAGAAUGAUAAGGAGGAAAUUUAUAAAGAUGCCUCUGCUCAACAAGUCAUGACAAACGAUAUUCCUUCUCAACAUAAUAAGGAUUCAGAACAACUUUCAUUCUCACCUGUGCCUCAUUCUGCACCUGAAUUUCAUCAUCAGCAUGCACCUAUGAAUGUAUUAUUGAAUAAAAAUCCAUCAUCUAAAGAAGGGCCGAAUUUUCUUUCUAAAACCAAUCUUCCUAUAAAUGACUCUAAUAGUUAUGGUCAAGAUUCGAUGGUAAACAUAUCUUCUAAUGUAGUAACAAAUGAUCAACAAAAAGAAGCCGUUGCUAUGUAAAACAUAAGGAACUUUUUUUUUUUCUAUUUUUCUAUUAUUUGUCUAUUUUUUUUUUCUAUUUU